UUACAGCACCCCUACUGCAUUGUGGGAUUCUUUGGGUGAUUAGUUCUAUGUCAGCUUGGAUGCCUGGCUUCACUGUGUGUGGGUUCAAACAACAGGUUAACAGCUGCAAUGGGAUUAUUUUUCAUAAUGAAGUCAGGAAGGGGCCUUUCUUGACAUGUUCAUAUCAUGAGCUGCAGCAGUUUAUGAUGGCUAACAUAAAUACCUCAGAGGAAAUAUCGGUGACCAUUCAGCAGAUUAAGGAAGGCCCAAAAGCCAAACUACGAGAGCUCUGUAAACAAUAUGGACUCCCUGUUUCAGGAACAAGGGUAUACUUUCAAAGAGUUCUGUGUCAAAGACUUGGCAUUGAUCCAAAAUCUGUCAUUGUUCAAAAAUCCACUUCACGUUCAAACAGUCAUGGAGAUUGUUGCAGUGUUGCUGGAUGCCGAAGUCGCCGGGGCAAAGACACUCAUAUUCGGUGGUUCACAGUCAUCAGAAAAAAAGGGAGUCAUACUGCAGCUAUAACAAAAGCAAUCCAACUUACAAGAAAAGGUUGGACACCAACAAUGUAUUCUCGGAUUUGUGGCCAACAUUUCAGUUGUGGCCAGUUGUCUUUUGAGCCAAGUUCUCCUGACUAUAUUCCGCAUUUACAUAUGCAGCCUAUAGAGAAAGCAACAACACCACACUCUGCCUUUUGGCCCAAAGACAGUUCAGAAAAGGCCAUGGACCUGACUAACAAGAGCAACAUUAAAACCUCUUCAGUUCACAUCCCUGGUCCAUCUCAUCUUGAUUUCACAAACCAAUAUCCACGAAUGAACUCUUUAGGUAGGACCUUUCUUCAGUCAACUUCUGAGGAUUCACAUCUGUUUGACACACAUGAAGCAGAAACCAAGCAUUACACAAUGCCUCAUGACAAUAUGUCAGACCAGACAACUGUGAUUGCCCAGCAAGUCAAAGAACACUCUAAAGGCAAACUGCGAGAUCUGUUCCGACCUCAUGGUCUCUCCAUCUCAGGAACUAGGCCUUCCUUUCAGAGAAUUCCCUGUCAAAAGUUCGGCCUCAACUCUAAAGCUAUGGUUCCCAUUAAAAAACCUGCUGCCAAAAAGAUUGUUACUCUUAGUACAGCUGCCUAUGAAAGCUCCUGCUGUAUUCCUGGAUGCCCAAACCGUCAUGGCAAGGACAAUCAUGUACGAUGGUUCAAUGUUAUUCGAGAAUCAGAAGCACACACUGUAUCUUUGAUGAGAGCUAUACGGUUCACUAAUCCAGGGUGGACACCAACAUUUCAUUCUAAAAUCUGUGGUCAACAUUUCUUUUCGGGGCAGAUCUCAUUUGUCCCUGGCUCACCUGACUAUGUACCUCACUUAAACAUGAGUCCCACAUUUAGAGUCAUUACUAAGGACAAACGCAGAGAAAUUGAAUAUAGAAGCAACGCUGAUUCAGUUUCAAUCAACAGCAAAGAUCCAUCCAUUUGUUAUUCAGUAAAUGAAGACAAGAUUGUGAAUCCACCAAACACUGAGGUACAGAACUUCAAGAGCCUUCGUCUACCUCCUGCUCUGAAAACACGAAACAAGUGAGGAACAUGAAUAGGAGGUACCUUGCUUGGAAAAUUUGGAAUAUACAGGGAUAAAAAGUUGAAGAA